AUGAUUUACUUGCUACUAACGCUGGCGAUGGCGGCGGCCAAGGAAAAGGAUCCAACACCGAGGGACCCGGCUACAGAUCAAAUCGUUCUUCACAAGGAAAGAACGCCGACAAUCCAUGGGUUCUUAAGAUUGUUCUCCGAUGCUGGCAUUCCUCGUAGCUACCGUAAUAUACCGGGUUUUGCAAUUCAUACUUAUCAGGUAGAGAACAAAUGUGGAGAUUGCCAUUUUGUACGAUUCCACUAUACACCGGAUGAGGGCAUUAAAACUUUUACAGUCGAAGAAGCAAGACGUAUGAACGUUGUAGAUGCCGACUAUUUAACAAGAGAUUUAUACAGAGCAAUUGGCAACGGCGACUUUCCUUCCUGGACAGUGAGCUUGCAAAUUUUAACGAAAGAUGAUAUAAAAAAAGCUGGACCUAAAGUAUUUGACGCUUCCAGACUUCUUUCUCUGAAAGAAUAUCCUCUACACGAAAUCGGUAAAUUAGUUUUAACAAAAAAUCCUAGAAAUCACUUCGCAGAUGUUGAACAGCUGGCUUUUAGUCCCGGAAAUUUAGUUCCUGGCAUACUUGGAGGGCCAGAUAAGCUGUUUCAAUCGCGUAGUUUUGCGUAUAGAGAUACGCAAUUGUAUCGUCUGGGGAAAAAUUUCAAUAACAUUAUUGUUAAUUGUCCAUAUCAAACAAGAACAUUUACAUAUAACAGAGACGGCGUGCCUCCAGUGAGAGAUAAUGAGAAAGAUAUUCCGAAUUAUUAUCCUAACUCGUUUCAUGGACCUGUGCCUUACAUGACUAAGCGGCAUUCAGGUUUAAUCAACAUUGUAGAAAGUAAAGCCGAUAAUUUUGAUCAGGCUGCCGAAUAUUAUGCCAACGAAUUGGAAAAUGACGAGCGGUCCCGACUAAUACAGAACAUAGUGAACUCGUUGAAAAGAGUCACUUAUGAACCUUUGAAACGAAAAGCAAUAAAUAUUUUGAAAACUAUUCACCUGGAAUUGGGUUAUCGCGUAGAGCAAGGUUUGAGUACUACAAAGUGUUGUUAA